AUGUCGGGAAUAGUUCCAAAAAAACAAGAUUCGGGAACUAUUAAGGAUAAUGACAAAGAUUUAAAAGUGCAAAACAGAAGAAGGGAGAAGAGAAAAGCUGAGGAUGAAGAUGGUGAUGUAAAUAACAAAGAUGUAAAUGAAGAAAAACGUGAAAAUAAGAAUGAAGUGGAUAUAGAUGAAGAAACUAACCAAGACAAAGAUGAGAAAAAAGACAAGAGUUCAAAUGAUUACAACGUUUCAGAUACUUACAGAAAUGAAAAUCAUGACAUUAAUAAUGAAGUUCAAAAUAAUAAGGAAGACAAAAAUAACAAAGACUAUUUGGAUGAUUAUUACCAUGAUGGUAAUGAUAACAAAGACGAGGAAGAUAAGAAUAAAGACACCAAUUCGAAUGAUACCAAAGUUGCAGAUCCAAACAACAAUGAUGAUGGAGCUCAAAAGAUUCUGAAUCGAUCGUUGGAAAUUUCAUUAAUACGUCUUAAGUAA